AUGCCAUCCUAUGCCAAAUUCUUAAAGGAGAUUCUAUCAAAUAAGAGGCGAUUAGAGGAAUAUGAGACUGUAGCCUUGACCCAAGAGUGUAGUGACAUCAUACAAAAUAAGCUACCACCUAAGCUUAAAGAUCCUGGCUCAUUUUCAAUCCCUUGCACAAUUGGUGAUAUGUCAAUUAAUCGUGCUCUAUGUGAUCUCGGUGCUAGUGUCAGUCUUAUGCCAUUGUCUAUAUGUAACAAGUUACAGAUGGGAGACUUGAAGCCUACUACUAUCUCCCUCCAAUUGGCGGAUCGAUCGGUUAAACGUCCGGUAGGUAUAUUAGAGGAUGUACCCAUCCAGGUUGGUAAAUUCUUUAUUCCAGUUGAUUUUGUUAUUCUUGAAAUGGAGGAGGAUUCUCAAAUCCCCAUGAUAUUGGGAAGACCUUUCCUUGCUACCGUUGGAGCGAUAAUUGAUGUGAAGAAUGAAAAGCUCUCUCUCAAUAUAGGGGAUAAAAAGGUGAAUUUUGAUUUGUUUUCUGCUAUGAAGUUUCUACUAAUUGAUGAUACUUGUUGCAGGAUUGACACGAUUGACAUGUUGGUUAGAGAAGAUUUUACCAGAGAUAUCUCAAGUGAUCCACUUGAGAAAUGUUCAGUAAAGAAUGGGGUACCAGAUGAUGAUGAUCAGGAAAUAACUUCCUAUGUUACAAUGCUUGAUGAAAAGCCAACCUACACCAAAACCACCUACAUCAAAGAACCUGAUAUAGUGGUCGAAAUUGCAAGGGGGCUGAAUGACCAGGUUGUGUCUGUAAACACAGCUGUGUCAAAAAGCAGCAGAAACAGCCCAGAACAAGUUUGUGAAGAGAAAACUGCACCUGGGAAGAUGCUAAAUAAUGAUUCCACAUGGCCAUGGUGUGUCCGUAGACACAGUCGUGUCAAAAAGAAGCAGAAGAAGUCUAGAACCAGUCCAUCUCCACCAGUUGAAGUGGAACAUAAGGCACAUUGGGCUAUCAAGAGUAUUCAUUUAGAUUUGAAAGAAUCAGGGGAACAGAGAAAGCUUCAACCAAAUGAACUUGAUGAAUUGAGAUUGGAUGCGUAUGAGACUGCCAAGAUUUACAAAGAAAGAACAAUGAAGUGGCAUGAUUAA